UGGCCCGACAGUCUAGGGGGGAUGGUAAUGAGACCCGUAACAUAACUCAUGCAAUUUUGGAGGGAUAGCAGGAGGAGGACAGGAAAACAAGUUCUGCAUUGUGUGUCAACAGCCUCAGUCAAUGGAAUGCUGGGAGAAGAUGAGUCUGUGCAGUUUGUCUCCUGGGUUCACUCAGUCAUGCUCACUGCCUGUCCCCCACUAAUGCAUCAUGGUGCUUGUUAAUAUCCUCUACUCUGAGGGGAGGUUUAGCUCUGUCAAGGGGUGUGUGUUUGAAGGACUUUGGUAAAGCCCCAUCGGUGGCCUGGCAGCUCCUCCCCUCUAAGAUGGCUGUUUCUACAGCACAAAGACACACUACAAGACCUAAACUAACAGAGCACUUUUCUCCUAGACGUUUUGUUACAUGGGAAGCCUCCUGUGACUGACAUGGUUCCUCGUCUGUGUGUCUGCGUGUUGUUCCAGAAUAACUCUGUGUCUCCGUCGGACAGCCUGCGUGCAGCCAGCGAUAAACACCGCAGUUCCUCUGAUUAUAGCAUGGACUCCAAGAAACGCAAGGUGGAGGAGAAGGACGCUAUGAGCAGAUACGAUAGCGAUGGAGACAAAAGUGACGACCUGGUCGUGGAUGUGUCCAAUGAGGACCCAGCCACUCCCAGGGCUAGCCCCGCCCAUUCUCCUCCAGAAAACGGUCUGGACAAAUCACAGGCCCCUAAAGAAGGACGCCCCCAACAGCCCCGCCUCCGUGGCCUCCUCCGGCAGCACGCCCUCCUCCAAAGCCAAGGACCACGCCCACCCUUGGGUGGGGUUGUCAAAGCCAGCCGAUUGCAAGGCUCAAAGUCAGCCGAUCAGCCUGAUUUCAGCCAGCCGACUCAGCCUGUCUAA